GGCGCGGAGCGGGGAGCGCGCCCGGGCUGGCGGCGGGCGGAUGCCGGGGCGGGCGCAGCGCAGCCGAGCCGCGCUCGCCGCACUCGGGCAGCGCCCGCGGAGGCGAUGAGAGGCCGGCGGGGCUGAGCCGAGCCGAGCCGCGGGAGGCGGAGGGGCUGCGGGCAGCGGCGGCCGCCCGGCCCCGGAUUUCCAUAUUUCCAUGGUGCCGGGGGCCGCCGGCAUCCCCCCGCGCUGAGCCGGAGGCGGGCGGCAGCGGAGCGCCGAGGGCCGAACCAUGUGAGGGACAUUGCCGGGGCUCAGGACACGCGCGGGGGACACGGAGCUUGCCUUUCCCAGGAUGGAUCAGAGGAGGACCUGGCCUCGGGUACUGCACUCUGAUGGCUGCUCAGUGGCUCUGCUCUGCCUCUUCCUGGCAUCGCUCUCCCGGGACGUGUCCAGCAAUGCCUCCUUCAACACUUUCCACUCGGAGAACCGGGACUGGACGUUCAACCACCUGGCGGUGCACCGGGCCACCGGCGCCGUCUACGUGGGGGCCAUCAACAGGGUGUACAAGCUUUCGGGGAACCUGACCAUUCUGGUGGCUCACAAAACCGGUCCCGAGGAGGACAACAAAUCCUGCUACCCGCCCCUCAUCGUGCAGCCGUGCAGCGAGGUCCUCACGCUCACCAACAACGUCAACAAGCUGCUCAUCAUCGACUACUCCGAGAACCGGCUGCUGGCCUGCGGCAGCCUCUACCAGGGCGUCUGCAAGCUGCUGCGCCUCGACGACCUCUUCAUCCUGGUGGAGCCCUCGCACAAGAAGGAGCACUACCUCUCCAGCGUCAACAAAACGGGCACCAUGUACGGCGUGAUCGUGCGCUCCGAGGGCGAGGACGGGAAGCUCUUCAUCGGCACGGCGGUGGAUGGCAAGCAGGAUUACUUCCCCACCCUGUCCAGCCGCAAGCUGCCCCGGGACCCGGAGUCGUCGGCGAUGUUGGAUUACGAGCUCCACAGUGACUUUGUUUCGUCCCUCAUCAAAAUCCCCUCGGACACGCUGGCCCUGGUUUCGCACUUUGACAUUUUUUACAUCUACGGCUUCGCCAGCGGCAACUUUGUGUAUUUUCUGACGGUGCAACCGGAGACCCCCGAGGGCGUCUCCAUCAACUCCGCCAGCGACCUCUUCUACACCUCGCGCAUCGUCCGCCUGUGCAAGGACGACCCCAAGUUCCACUCGUACGUGUCCCUGCCCUUCGGCUGCGUCAAGGGCGACACGGAGUACCGGCUGCUGCAGGCUGCCUACCUGUCCAAGCCGGGGGAGGUGCUGGCCAGGGCCCUCAACAUCACGGCGCAGGAGGACGUGCUCUUUGCCAUCUUCUCCAAGGGGCAGAAGCAGUACCACCACCCGCCCGACGACUCCGCGCUCUGCGCCUUCCCCAUCCGCACCGUCAACGCCCACAUCAAGGAGCGCCUGCAGUCCUGCUACCAGGGCGAGGGCAACCUGGAGCUCAACUGGCUGCUGGGCAAGGAUGUCCAGUGCACCAAAGCGCCAGUCCCCAUCGAUGACAACUUCUGUGGGCUGGACAUCAACCAGCCCCUGGGGGGCUCGGUGCCCGUGGAGGGGGUGACGCUCUUCACCUCCAGCCGCGACCGCAUGACCUCCGUGGCCUCCUACGUCUACAACGGCUACAGCGUGGUCUUCGUGGGCACCAAGACGGGCAGGCUGAAGAAGAUCCGGGCGGAUGGGCCGCCCCAGGGCGGGAUCCAGUACGAGGUGGUGCCGGUGUUCAAGGACGGCAGCCCGGUGCUGCGGGACAUGGCCUUCUCCACCGACCACAAGUACCUGUACGUCAUGUCAGAGCGCCAGGUGUCCCGGGUGCCCGUGGAGUCCUGUGAGCAGUACACGACCUGCCAGGAGUGCCUGAGCUCGGGGGACCCCCACUGCGGCUGGUGCUCCCUGCACCACAUGUGCUCCCCGAGGGACCGCUGUGAGCGGGCAGAGGAGCCGUUCCGCUUCGCAGGGAGCAUCCAGCAGUGCCUGAGCGUGGCCGUGCAGCCCAGCAGCAUCUCGGUGUCCGAGCACAGCCUCCCGCUCAGGCUGCGGGUGAGCGACGCUCCAGACCUGAGUGCCGGCGUCAGCUGCCUCUUCGGGAACCUCAGCGAGGUGGAGGGGCAGGUGUCGGGCAGCCAGGUGCUUUGUGUGUCACCAGCAGCCAAAGAUGUCCCCGCCAUCCCCGUGGAUCAGGACUGGUUCGGUGUCGUGCUCCAGCUGAAGUCGCGGGAGACGGGCAGGACCUUCGUCAGCACCGAGUUCAAGUUCUACAACUGCAGCGCCCACCAGCUGUGCCUGUCCUGUGUGAACAGUGCCUUCCGCUGCCACUGGUGCAAGUACCGCAACCUCUGCACCCACGACCCCACCACCUGCUCCUUCCAGGAGGGGAGGAUCAACGUCUCCGAGGACUGCCCCCAGCUGUUCCCCACGGAGGAGAUCCUGAUCCCGGUGGGAGAGGUGAAGCCCAUCACGCUGAAGGCCAGGAACCUGCCGCAGCCCCAGUCGGGCCAGAGGGGCUACGAGUGCGUGCUCAGCAUCCAGGGCAUCGUGCACAGGGUGCCCGCGCUGCGCUUCAACAGCUCCAGCGUGCAGUGCCAGAACAGCUCGUACCUCUAUGAUGGGAUGGACAUCAGCAACCUGGCAGUGGACUUCGCCGUGGUUUGGAACGGGAACUUCGUCAUUGACAACCCGGAGAACCUGAAAGUGCACCUGUACAAGUGCGCGGCGCAGCGCGAGAGCUGCGGGCUGUGCCUCAAGGCCGACCCCAAGUUCGAGUGCGGCUGGUGCAGCGGCGAGGCGCGGUGCACCCUGCGGCCCCACUGCGGCUCCCCCGGCGCCCAGCCCUGGCUCGACUGGUCCAGCCACAACGUCAAGUGCUCCAACCCGCGCAUCACCGAGAUCCUGACGGUGUCGGGGCCCCCAGAAGGAGGGACGAGGGUGACCAUCCGCGGCGUGAACCUGGGCCUGGACUUCUCGGAGAUCGCGCAGGGCGUGCAGGUGGCCGGGGUGCAGUGCACGCCCCUGCCCGAGCACUACGUCGUGGCCGAGCAGAUCGUCUGUGAAAUGGGGCAGGCGCUUCCAGGGAUCAGCUCCGGCCCAGUGCUCCUGUGCAUCGGAGAGUGCAAGCCCGAGUUCACGGCCAAGUCGGCACAGCAGUACACGUUCGUGACUCCAGCCGUGAGUUUUCUGAGCCCCAGCCGUGGCCCGGAGUCGGGAGGGACCAUGGUGACCAUCUCUGGCCACUACCUCGGGGCUGGCAGCCGCGUGUCCGUGCUCCUGGGGAACCAGACCUGCGAGUUCCUCGAGCGAUCCAUGAACGAGAUCGUUUGUGUGUCAGCGCCCUCAGCCCACGGCCUGGGGGCUGUUCAGGUCUCUGUCAGCGUGGACAGGGCUCAGCUGGAGAGAACUUUGCUGUUUGAGUACAUCGAUGACCCCAAGGUGCAGCACAUCGAGCCCGAGUGGAGCAUCGCCAGCGGACACACGCCCCUGACUGUCACUGGCUCCAACCUGGACGUGAUCCAGGAGCCGCGGAUCCGCGUCAAGCACAACGGCAAGGAGUUUGUCAACGUGUGCAAGGUGGUGAACGCCACGGCCCUGGCCUGCCUGGCGCCGCCGCUGGCCGCCGAGUACCGGCCGGGGCUGGACGCCGUGGAGCGCCCGGACGAGUUCGGCUUCAUCUUCAACAACGUCCAGUCCCUGCUGCUCUACAACGACACCAAGUUCAUCUACUACCCCGACCCCACGUUUGAAAUGCUGAGCUCCAGCGGGGUGCUGGAGCAGAAGCCGGGCUCUCCCAUCAUCCUGAAGGGCAGGAACCUGUGCCCGCCCGCCCCGGGAGGAGCCAAGCUCAACUACACGGUGCUGAUCGGGGAGACGCCCUGCGCCGUCACCGUGUCCGAGACACAGCUGCUGUGCGAGCCCCCCACCCUCACCGGGCAGCACAAAGUGAUGGUGCGCGUUGGGGGGGUCAUCUUCUCCCCUGGCUCGGUGAGCAUCGUCUCGGACAGCCUCCUGACCCUGCCCGCCAUCGUCAGCAUCGCGGCCGGCGGCUCCCUGCUCCUCAUCAUCGUCAUCAUCGUCCUCAUCGCCUACAAGCGCAAGUCCCGCGAGAACGACCUCACCCUCAAGAGGCUGCAGAUGCAGAUGGACAACCUGGAGUCCCGGGUGGCCCUGGAGUGCAAGGAGGCCUUUGCAGAGCUGCAGACGGACAUCAACGAGCUGACCAGCGACCUGGACCGCUCGGGGAUCCCCUACCUGGACUACCGCACCUACGCCAUGCGCGUGCUGUUCCCGGGCAUCGAGGACCACCCUGUCCUGCGGGAGCUGGAGGUGCAAGGGAACGGGCAGCAGAGCGUGGAGAAGGCCCUGAAGCUCUUUGCCCAGCUGAUCAACAACAAGGUGUUCCUGCUGACCUUCAUCCGCACGCUGGAGCUGCAGCGCAGCUUCUCCAUGCGCGACCGCGGCAACGUGGCCUCGCUGAUCAUGACGGGGCUGCAGGGCAAGCUGGAGUACGCCACCGACGUCCUCAAGCAGCUGCUCUCCGACCUCAUCGAGAAGAACCUGGAGAACAAGAACCACCCCAAGCUGCUCCUGCGCAGGACCGAGUCGGUGGCCGAGAAGAUGCUGACCAACUGGUUUGCCUUCCUGCUCCACAGGUUCCUCAAGGAAUGCGCUGGAGAGCCCCUGUUCAUGCUCUACUGUGCCAUCAAGCAGCAGAUGGAGAAGGGCCCCAUCGAUGCCAUCACGGGGGAGGCACGCUACUCCCUGAGCGAGGACAAGCUCAUCCGGCAGCAGAUCGAGUACAAGACCCUGAUCCUGAACUGCGUGAACCCAGACAACGAGAACAGCCCAGAGAUCCCUGUGAAGGUGCUGAACUGCGACACCAUCACCCAAGUCAAGGAGAAGAUCCUGGAUGCUGUGUACAAGAACGUCCCCUACUCCCAAAGGCCGAGAGCUGUGGACAUGGAUUUGGAGUGGCGGCAGGGCCGGAUUGCCCGCGUGGUGCUGCAGGAUGAAGACAUCACCACCAAGAUCGAGGGGGACUGGAAGCGCCUGAACACCCUGGUGCACUACCAGGUGUCAGACCGCUCCGUGGUGGCUCUGGUUCCCAAGCAAACCUCCUCCUACAACAUCCCUGCCUCUGCCAGCAUCUCCCGCACAUCCAUCAGCAGAUACGACUCCACGUUCCGCUACACGGGCAGCCCCGACAGCCUCCGCUCGCGCGCGCCCAUGAUCACCCCCGACCUGGAGAGCGGCGUCAAGGUCUGGCACCUGGUCAAGAACCACGACCACGGCGACCAGAAGGAAGGGGACAGGGGCAGCAAGAUGGUGUCUGAGAUCUACCUGACCAGGCUCCUGGCUACAAAGGGCACGCUGCAGAAGUUCGUGGACGACCUGUUUGAGACGCUGUUCAGCACGGUGCACCGCGGCAGCGCCCUGCCCCUCGCCAUCAAGUACAUGUUCGACUUCCUGGACGAGCAGGCGGACAAGCACGGCAUCCACGACACCGACGUCCGGCACACCUGGAAGAGCAACUGCCUUCCCCUCCGCUUCUGGGUGAACGUGAUCAAAAACCCGCAGUUCGUGUUCGACAUCCACAAGGGCAGCAUCACGGACGCCUGCCUGUCCGUGGUGGCUCAGACCUUCAUGGAUUCCUGCUCCACCUCGGAGCACCGCCUGGGCAAGGACUCCCCCUCCAACAAGCUGCUGUACGCCAAGGACAUCCCCAGCUACAAGAGCUGGGUGGAGAGGUAUUACGCGGACAUCGCCAAGCUCCCGGCCAUCAGCGACCAGGACAUGAACGCCUACCUCGCCGAGCAGUCGCGCCUGCACGCCGUGGAGUUCAACAUGCUGAGCGCACUCAACGAGAUCUACUCCUACGUCAGCAAGUACAGCGAGGAGCUCAUCGGAGCGCUGGAGCAGGAUGAGCAGGCUCGGAGGCAGCGCCUGGCUUACAAAGUAGAGCAACUCAUUGGGGCCAUGUCCUUCGAGAGCUGAAGAGAGGUCACGGGCAGCAAAGGGCAGAGGAUCGCACGGACUCUCGGGAAUUUGGAGGAGAACAAGCAAGGAAGGCACUGGACACACCCCCCAGGGCUCUUCUGGAGAGAGCAGAGCCUGGCUCAAGGACUGGCUGUGUUCAAAAAUCAUACAGGAUCCAGUUUGAAAGGGCAGGAAGGGAAGAAGAUGAAACAUCUCCAUCAAAGUCCAAGCAAGGUGGAUCAUUUUCUCGAGUGUACGCAGAAAGAAGGAACCUGGAAAGUCUGGAUGUCUCCACGACUGCUGCUUUGCAUGAAAAUUGUUUAAUGUAUAUUGGAAAAUAAAACUUUAUUUAAAGGGUUUUUUUAAAAAAAAAAAAAACAAAACGAAGGAAGAAAAAGAAAAAAAAAAUAGAGCAAAAACCACAGAGGCCAUAGAGAUAAUCCUGGCAAGAAAGAUCAGCUCUGAAUCCUGUCCCUGAGAGCCUUCCAAGGACACGGCUCAGGCAUUCUGCAAACGGACUCUCACACCAAUUGGAACAUCUGGAAAACCAAAAUGUCUUCGUUUUGGAUUCUUACAACAAAUACGAGCACAAGUUUGCACCACACCUUUUUACACGAGCGAAACAGCAGUUUUGCCCCAAAAUAGUCCAGUGGCUGAGUAACUUAGAGGCACUAGAAGGAACUUCACCUGAAUUGCAAAACCAUCAGAUCAUCCGACCUGUCUUGAAAUCCAGCUUUAUCCAUGUAUUUAUAUAGUGUCUAUAUAUAUAUUAUUUUUUUUUUAAUCCCAUUUACUGUUGAAUGAGGGAAGAUCUGAAUUUCAUUGCCUUUCCCUUUUCCACCUCCAUCCCACCUCACUGGCAGUGUCCAGCAGUGUCCAGCAGUGUCCAGCAUGGCCGUGUCCAGCAUGGCCAUGGUGAUCCAGCAGUGUCCGGGAUGACCACGGUGAUCCAACAGUGACCAGCACUGCUCCAUUCAGUGUCCCCUGCUGGCUCCUGCAGGUGCCACGUGAGCCGAGGCAGAGCUGGGCUGACACCUCCAGGGCUGGUUUUGGGGGUCUCCAGCAGCCAGCUCCGAUUUCUCGCAGCAGAACCCCCAAACCCUGAUGUUUACGGUGACAAUACUUGAAGAGCCUGGGCGUUGGGAGAGCAGAUCUUUGUUGCUUUUCUGCUGGACGCGCAGUCCUUGGGCACAGGCUCCCUUUGGGCGUCUCCGCCAGCGUUUGCCGCCUCACCCAGGGCUGAGACUUGCAUUUCCACUGGGAAAGGGAGAGAAAUCUCUGCUCCAGGCAAGAGCAAACCUUAACCAGCACCCCCGGGCCAGCCAGCUCUGCUGUCAUGUCUCUGUGUCGGUGUCUCGUUGUUCUCAGUCCCUCGCUGGCCCCCACGGCACACGCUCCCGUGGCCAGUGACAGGCAAAUGUUUGUGAGUGUUAUUUCUUUCAAAGACACCAAAGCUUAUGUGUGUCCCUUUGUAGAGUGCCAGGAGGGGAAGGAAUGCUGUAAAUAUUUCUCUCUGUAGUAAAUAUUGAUACGUGUGCAGGCUGCAGUGGGGAGGGCAGGGAGAGGAGGCAUAAUGGAAAUACAAGAGUUGGCUGCAGGAGCUUGGCAAUGGCAGCAAAAUAAUUCCUGGUCUGCCCAGGCAGUGUCACACCAGACUGGGACCUUCAUUUGCAGCCAGUGUGUGUUGAAGGAAAAUCCAUUUCCAUCUCCAUCCCCCUCCUCCAUCAUUCCUGCCUGGAGGAGCCCAGCAGGGCUUUCCAUGUCCUGCAGUCCAGCACCAGGAGAGGGGAGAAGCACGUAGAGAAAUACUCAGGAAACUUGGUUUAAUUACCAUUCAGUAAAAGCCAUGCCAAGUCCACUUUCCUUUGGUAAUCCACUUCUGUGAGUCUCUCUGAAAAGCAGAAAAUACUGAUGAUAAUAAUCAACUUUGUGCAAUAAGUUCUUGACAUUUACAGCAGCCUGAGCACUGGAUUUACUGAGACAGGGGGAGAGUGGCAGAAACAGAGACUGAAAGGCAGAGCAGUGUUUGUACUGCCUGUUAUCCGAGAGUUCCCUUCCCAGGGAUCCUGCUCCUGCAUGGUGAAUCUCAUUUCUGAGGCAAAAAAAUGUGCAAAAGUCCUACUAAAAGUCAGGCACUGCAGAGCCCAGCGCCAGGAAUGUCAUUGGAGCAGUCCCCAGCCUGGCCUGCUCUUUGCUGCAGGUGCCCCAGGGCAUGGCAGAGGGUCAGGCUUUGAAAUCCUGCAGGUUUUUUUGCUGGUUCUGUUCCUGCUGUUCCCAGUGAUCCAUCACACAGCUGAGGUGAGGGAUUGACAGGUCUCUUCUAGCUGUGGUUGUUGGUUUGGGUUCACCAAGUUCUCACGGUACUCUGAAACCCAAAGAGAGCACUCCAAAAAGUUCCUGAACGACUUCCAAAUGCUUCCAAAUACCAGUCUGGGGAGUUACAUCUGCAGGACUCAGAAAACACGAGUACAGCCCAAAGCAAAGGCCUGGCUGUGCAUCACCUGGGCCUGGUGAUGGUGUCCCUGCCCCGCAGCCCUCGUGGUGCUCCUCUCUGCAUCUCUCUGAGAGGCUUUUGUGCAGCUUUUCAUCCUGCUUUCCUCCCCCUGCUCUCUCCCCUCUGGCCAGGAGCAUCCCCCAGGCCAAGGCUUCGUCAUCCCCCCUCCCCUGUAUUUUCUCAGCAGAAGUGGAGGUCCCCACACACCCCGGGACUCUCUGGGAGAACAUCAAGGAGACAAGGGGACAGCUGAGUUCAUCUCCUGUGCUGUGGGAUGAUCUGAGCAGAGAGAAAAAAAAAAGGGGGAAGCAGCAGGAGCACUUUGCAAACCAGUAAGCUCUUACACUUCUGACUGAACCCCGAAGGAAACAGCAAAGACACCUCUUCAUCACCUGGAAAAGCUUUGGGAGGAUGGCAGAGGGAACAGCACAGUCCUGCCUGGAGGGGUGGCCUAGAAAUACAUUGCCAAGUGUCUUCUCAUGGUGGUUGACAUUAAUUAUAGAUCGUUACAGGCAAUUAUAUGGAUUGAAGCAACAUAUCCCCCUGGGGCAGAGCGCUGGGAAUCUCUUGCCCUGUUUGCAUCCAACGUUUCCGUUCCUCCUUCGGGAGGAGGAAGCUCCAGAUCUCAAAACGGCAAUUUCUUCGCACUGGCAGCAAACUGGACUCCAGGGUUGGUCAGGAGGGGGCACUUGCCUUAGAUGAAACAAUUUCACGUCCCUCUCAUUGCCCCCUUCCUCCUGCAAGGCCAUGUGGAGUUUGGAGUCUCCAGUUUGCUCCGUUUCAGGUAUUCCCACAUCAAAGUGGGAGACGUCACUUGCCGGGAUCUCUCUGCCUGGCGUCGCCGCUUGAAUAAUUCCGUUUCAUCUUCUGCUCACGAGCUAUCAAAGCACCCACUCCGAGGGGGAGCGGGGUGCUAAUCAAAUGCUUCUCCACCUUGAAAGCCUUUAUUGAAACCCCACACAGGCGAGGGGAGCUCGCAGGCACGGCUGGCCCCGCGUGAGCCCCGCUGAGGAGCCGCAGCCACCAAAGCUCGGGGGUGUGGACAGCGAGUGGUCCACGCUUUGCCAUAAAGGAUGGAUUUAAAGGGAGGCAGGAGGGAUCAGCACGGCCAAAGCGCUGGAAACCCUGUGAAAUCCAGCCUGGAUAUCCCUGGAAAGCCUGGAUAUCCUGUCUGCAGCAGUGAGGACCCAGCGUGGGGACCGGCGCCGAGGAACAAAACUGCUGCCACGGCCUGGCUGCAUGCCAGCAGCAUUCCAGGUGUGGAAUUCCAGGUUUUUCCCUGAAGGAUGGCCGUGGGGACAGCGGUGCCUCCCCACAGGGCUGGGGCUGUGACACGCUGGGGACGGUGAGUGCAGUGCCAACAGAGACCUUCAUCACAGCAGUGCCUUCCACACUCUGUCUUAAAAUCCUGCUGGCCCCUCCCCGCGUCAGUGUUCCCUCCUACCUCCCACUGGACUCCACAACAAAUGUCCCAGCGCAGGAAACAGUUUGGGUGGGCACGUGGAGGGCAAAGGCGAGAGGGGUUGAGGCUCUGGGGUUGCAUUCUGCACGCUGCUGGCUCUGAGCUCCUCGUGGGGCUCUUGGUGUUCAGGUCUGUGUGGGAAAAGGGUCAGAGCAUCCCUUGCUGCAGUGGGCACAGCCUCCAAACAAGGUUGCGUUCCCAGAAGUCCCCAGGAGCCAGCAGGGAUGAGGAAGGCCAGGUUGGCACAGGGCAGAGCACUCCCAGCACGGCCCCUGUGCUGCUCCAGAGCCUUGAGCCCCUUCCCUGGCAGCAGCCCAGCCACGUUCUCCUGUCACUGGCUGUUCUCCAUCCAGUUUCCUGUGCUGUCAGAGCUCACCUGUCACAGGGACUCAGCUCCCCAGACUAAAUGAAACUAAAAGAGUCUGACUUGGAUAAGCUGGGCCAUCAGGCAGAGCUCACGUGUGACUGUGCCCUGGAGAGAAGAAAAAAUGUUCUGAGGAGGGUAAAUAACUGACAUCAAAGUUGCAUUAAAAUGCCACAGAGCUUCAGCCAUCCUAUUCCAGAUCCACAUUUGUACCAGGAAUUGCAAGGCAAUAGUGCAGGGACUGUGACAUUGUACAGAGCUGUGUGUGAGGAAGAGCUCGGAGCACAGUCCCGUCCUUGGUGACAGCGCCCAGCCCGGACCCAGAACCGGAGACCAGCGGGUCAGAGGCUGAGGGCAGAGCACUGGGGCCAGCUCUGAGGCCACCUGCAGGGGCAGGAUGGUUUUACUGAUGAGACAUUCAGUGGGGAAACAAUCAGAGUAAGAGAUGAGUGCACUGCGAAGGCACCGCUGGGAACUGCUCGGCUGAGCAACCCCAAAUGUGCAUUUUCAGUGCAGUUUGGUCGGGUUAGUUUUGCAGGGGAAGAGAAUGGGAGGUUUGGACCAGUUUUGGCUGCCUGGAAGGCUUUGUUAAAGCCCCUUCACCCUGGAAACCCCCAGAUUUGGGUGCUGGUCCUGUUCUGGGCAGGCAAUGGAACAGCGGCCAGAGCCCCAGCUGCGGGUGGUGCCUGGUGCCUUCCUGGCUUCUGGAAGAAAACUGGGGGUCUGUGGUGUGUGCCCUGCACCCCAGGGUGCUCUUUGGGGUGCUGGGACUGUGCUGGGGUCAGAGAAGGGGAGGUGGAAGGGUGGGGCAGUGCGGGCUGGCAGAGCCCCCCUGCUCCAUGCUGGAAAAGCCACCCCGUCCCUCCAGGGUGUCUGUGCCCGCCUGGCUGAGGUGGCACCAGCGGUGUUGUGGCCGUGCUGUGAGCACGGCAGUGUCUCUGUGCUUGUUCUUUCAGAUGCCCCUUUGUCCCCGUGUUUCCCAUCCCUCUCCUUCCUUUGUAACCGUGGAAUAUAAUCCUGACAAGAGUCGCCCUUCCUGCAGCCUUGAGGAACACGCCCCAAAGGCCCGCGGGGUCCAUCCACUUGCACGGACAGUAUCCCAAAUAUCCCAAACUCCCCGGGCCUCCUGAGGCUGCCAAAUCAAACACCAGAUCUCCUGUAUGGCCUUUCCUUUGGGAUUUUUAAUACCUCUCUUUCGAAUAAGCUUGCAAGUUUAUGCAACAGCUUCUCCAGCCGCGUUCCCAUCCCGAGGACCGGGCACACGAAGGUGCAGAGGAGCCCUGGGGAGGGAAAAAAGCUGAUUUUGCCACGUCAUUUCAUGGCUUCAGAAGGUGCAGUAGAAAUGUCCUUCUCUUUCUGCUGAGUUUCGGUGCUGAUGGCACCUCGGGGGCCGCUGGGAGAAGCAGCAAGGCGAAGGGAAUGUACAGGUACUAAAACUUCUGGAGUCCCCCCAAAAAUGUCACAGAAUGUAGAGGUAUCAGCCAUGGAACCGAUUCUGAUUUCUCCUUCCCCUUCUCCUUACAGACCAACCCCCAGCAGUUUUAGGGGAUUUGUGUGUUGGCAGGAACAAGGAAUUGAUUUGUAUCUGUGCCCAUUCCACCGUAUCCUUCUCUGGCUCCUCCCCUCCCCGUUAUACUUGACACACUGGAGUUCUGUAUGAUAUUUUUUUUUUAAGAUGAUUGUCUGUUUUUUGUUGUUUUUAUAAGUGUUGUGGAAAAAAAAAUGUAAGAAAGUUUAAGUAUUUAAAAAUGUUCCAAGGAAAUAAAAGGGGGUUUUGUUAUUAUUCUAAUAUAUUAUUGUGUACCUAUUGUAAAUAUGAAACACUCCUAUUUUGCAAGCCAAGGACUCACUUUGUACUGUUGUUAUAUAUAAAUAAAGUUUACUGGUUAAAAAA